AUGCCCUCUUUUACAACUGAGGAUGCCUCAGCACCUCCGACCCCUUCACCCUUCAACUAUGUCCUUUCGUUCCUCCUAGUCGGCAUCUGCUGGGGCUUCACGACCCCCUUUAUCCGAAAAGCCGCGGUCAACUACGCCACGCCCACAAAUCCAUCCAUCACGGAUCCAAAUAGGUCAUGGAUCUCUCGACAAAUUGUGAAAGUGUUCUAUACUGUCAUUGGACUUUUGAAGAGUCCGUCGUAUUCAGUUCCUCUAGUUCUGAAUCUCACAGGCAGUGUAUGGUUUUUCCUGUUGGUUGGACAAGCCGAACUCUCCCUCACCGUCCCCAUCACCAAUUCCCUGGCGUUCUUGUUUACUGUCCUUGGUGAGUGGUAUGCCGAGGGUAAACUCAUCUCCAAAGAUACCUGGGUAGGCAUGAUCUUGGUCUGUGCUGGAAUUGGGCUUUGUGUUUGGUCCAAGACCUGA